GUAAUGGCUGAUAAGACUGGUGAUUGUUGCCGAGCAGAGAAUCAUGCAGCUUAUGGUCCAUAGAGCCCGGGGGUCGUUACGCUGCAGAUAUUACCGGUCUUUCUUGGAUAUGCUGCCUCCUGUUAUGAUCGCUUUCCAAUGUGUUACCAAAGUUCUUGGAAGAACCGGAUCUCAGGGGCAGUGUACUCAGGUCCGUGUAGAAUUUAUGGAUGACAGCAACCGUUCCAUUAUUAGAAAUGUGAAAGGACCAGUUAGAGAAGGAGAUGUCCUGACAUUGCUGGAAUCUGAACGUGAAGCAAGAAGGCUGCGCUAGCUUAUCCUUAUGAUGCCUGAUGCUUGGUUUACAUAGCACUCUGAUCUGAAGUCCAUCUCCAGUUUGCUUGUUGGUUGAUAAUAAAAGUUUCUAAAGGAAAA